AGUCUCCUGUACAAAACCACCCAGCCGUCGGUCAAUCAAUUGCCGGACCUGCCAACGCACCACAACAUUCCAAUCAGUUCUCUCCACCACUCCAGAACACGGGCUUAAAUAAUGGUCAUUAUGGGCCUAACUCUUUGAUCCCAACUUUUCCCAAUCAUCCUGUUAUGAAAUGGCCUCGACCUCAGUACUUCAGUAAUCGCAUGAGCCAUCAGCCACAACCGUCUGGAGCACAGUCCAUUCGGAUGGAUCAACCCUCCUUUGUGACCCCUACAGCAUUACCGACUCUGCACUCUUUUCCAAACCCUCAAGGAACUGUACCUCAGGAGAAAGACUCGAUCCAAAAUGGUCCUUCCAACCUCUUGAACGCUCUCCGAGCCUCCACUCGAACUCCCCAGGCAAUUCCAACUGUUUCCGGCGAAACUGCUAAGACCAAAGAGGACUUAAAUCAACUUAACUCAUUGAAAGCCGGGCUAAAAGGCUCCUCCAGUGUGGUCACCAAACCCCCUCAAGCCAAGAAGGAAUUAGAAACAUCGUCUGGAUAUAGCCAGAACCCGAUUGAACCUAAGUCAAGCUACAUCAAGGAUACCAGGAGUCGCACUGUUUUUGAGCCUUUCGGUCUUGGAUCAAGGACCGAUGCGUUCAACGAAGGUGAUCGACACAAGACCAUAGUUGGCGUGGUUAUUGGAAUCGUUUUCGUGGCAGCCUUUGUAGCCAUGGGUAUUGGUCUGGCGGCUCAAUGUGUCGUGGACAAGAUCAACCUUACGAAAACCCAUGCCCUCUUCGGCAACAUGAAAAGUCCCAAUGCUGAUGACGAAACGCCCCCAGAGUUGCGUGGGAAUGGUCACUCUUCCUUUGGAACUCCGUCAUGUGAGCGAGGACAUCUUUUGAGACACGACGAGAGGAAUGCCAAGGUUACCCAUGGCAACCUUAAUCAGCCUCUCUUCACGGGCAAACUGAUCCUUCAUGAUCCUCCAGGGUUGUCGUCCUCAGCAUUAUGUCGAACCACGGCUGCAGCGGCCAACAAAAUGACGAACACCCUGUUUGCUGCCCAACAAGCCGUCAUCAUGCCCAGCCCAGCCGAGCAAGUGACUCAUGACCUGGUUAGCCCUAAAUACGACACUGACGACUGCACUGAGGAUGAGGAUGACAGCGAUGAUACCGUUUAUGAAUGUCCCGGCUUGGCUGCCAACGCCACGGCCAUGGAAGAGAUGGUGGUCCGGAAUCCCUUCUACCUUCAAGGAGGCGAAUUAGGUCUCAUGCCCACAGUAACCACGCCGAGUGAGCCCAAGCCCAUCUCUUCUCAGACUAGCAUCUUCCACCACGGAAUCAAAGGUGCCAACUGAAACCGAGACCCCAAGUUGGAAGGUGUUUUCAUACACUUGCCUUGUUGCUUACAAUUUACCACCCGAAUAGCAACAUAGCGACGCAACUGGUAUAUUUCAAUAGCACAUACUAACAUAUACGAGAUAAAUAAUUGGCAUAUUCAUUCAGACGUCAUUAAUCCCUCUUUCAAUCAGCCAUUGGCUAACAACCUUUUCAAGUCGCUGGGCUUGAUUGCAAUCAGAUUCAAGUAUCCUGUAUGGAACUCAACAGAGCAAAAUAACCCUUAAUGUAGAUCGAUGUUCCCAUGUGAAUGUUCCACGUACCCUAGAUGUACCAGCUCUUUUCAAUCACAUCGGAUCACCUUAUUUUUGUAGCGAAUUCACUUUCCCUGUCAUUCCCUGAUCCCCGGUAACUAUGGUUGGCUUAUUUUUGACGACAAAUUCCAAAUCAUACGCACUUAUUGGUGUUGUUUCAUACAUGGAUGUGGAUUUCUGGGUUGGAACUAGCUUUGAUGUGAGCUUCACAAAAGUGAAUGGAUCAAUCCAUCCAUUCUCUUGAUUGGCAGUUGUCGACAAUAAAAGAACGUUUUUAAGCCUC